UUACUCAAAACAGCUGUAACAUGAUCCAGGGGAAAUGUCAGCACGUCUGCCCACUCCAGUUAUUAAGCUGAGUAUGCAGCAGUUAAAUAACCCUGUGUUGGUGACACAUCUCCGGGGAUACACCGGUGACAGGUCCCUCAGGAUAUACGGCCAUCGUAUAGAGGGCUCAAGACCCAGGGUGGGACUAGCAGUCCCAGGAGGGAAGGACCUGUAGUCCAACAGAGGGACAAAUAGGGCAGGACUGGACCACAUUCCUCGGCAUCCAUGGUGUUACGAUAUCGGUCACACAACCGGUACAUGCUGGAUUGCUCAGGACCAUCGACCCUCAUAUCGUGCCACUUCCGGUUCCUGUUGCGGUUCUCCAUUGCUGUGGUAGUGCUUGUAUCCACAUCGUCCUUCCUAGCCUGUGUCGUCCUGUACAGAGGAGGCAUCAAGCGCGGUCUUGAGGACAACCGAUUAAUAUCUCCUAAGUUCAUCAUCGACACUGAAGGAUGUAAAAUCCCAUUUAUACAUCCGUUCGACCCGUCUGUGAUUCCGUUUCUCGUAAAAUCGGCAAACAUCAAAUGCAGCCACAAAAUACCGUCUUUAACCUUACAGUCAUUGACUAAACUUACUUUGAACACAGCAGCCCUGCCAUUCUAUAGAAAUUUAAGCUAUUGCAAAUACACGCCCAUUGUUCGACCAAAAAACACUUCUAAGAAGUACUUUUCUUUCCAGACAGAUAAAAGUGUUACCUUUAAAAACGAAUCAUCUAUUAAAACAGACUUUAUCAAAGUAGAAUGCUUUACAAAGGAGAAGAAAUCGGUAUACACAAAUUUCCACGCGUUUGCCGUGCCUCGUGUUGACACCAAUCGAAGGAGGCGAUCCACAGAAGACGACCCAUCAUACAAUGUUUUGAUGGUCGGCAUUGAUUCUUUAUCCCGAAAUAGUUUUUACCGGAAUCUGCCAAAGACCCGUAGAAUACUUCUGGAUAAACUCGGGGCGGUGGAGUUAUUUGGAUAUAGUAAAGUCGGUGAUAAUACGUUUCCGAACCUAAUUCCGAUCACGCUAGGAAUGUCCGUGAAGGAACUCCGACGUUCGGGCUGGAACCAGACCGUUCCGUUCGAUGGCUAUGAGUUUAUUUGGAACAAAUAUUCGAAUAACGGGUAUACUACACUGUUUUCUGAGGACAUGACUGAUAUAGGCCUCUUCAAUUAUCUCAAAAAAGGAUUCAAGAAAAGUCCCGUGGAUCACUUCUACGAACCAAUGGGAGCGGCGACGGAGGCCUAUCCUAAAUUGUGGUCCAAGAAACACUGCUUCGGCGAUCGAUUGGAAACGAAAGUUAUUUUAGAUUACGUUUCCGAUUUUCUUGAUGUGUAUAAUGAUACCAGAUCGUUUAGCUUCGCUUAUCUCAGCAGGGUGUAUCAUAAUUCAGACAAUAUUGUGAAAGAAUACGACGAUGUCUUGACUAGUUUUUUUGAAAAGUUCAUCAGCAAAGGUCAUGCUAAUAAUACAGUGCUCAUUGUGUUCAGCGAUCACGGAUCAAGAUUCGGACAUCUUCGGAAGUCCCCGGUUGGACGUCUGGAAGAGAGAUUACCUGCAGCCUACAUUGUUCUCCCGGCUAAUUUCAGUAUCGACGCGUACGAGGCUGUUUCCAAUCUACACGAGAAUGCCUGGAAGCUGACCACACCCUACGACAUUCAUGAGACACUGUUAGAUAUACUCUACCAGUCCCAGAACAGGACUAUCAACAGCACGCGCGGAAUAAGUCUGUUCAGUGAGAUCACACCGGACAGAGACUGUCGGAGGGCGGGGAUUUCCAACCAUUGGUGUACUUGUAGUUUAUUCAAAGAUCUUGAUGUUGCAUCAAAGAUCGCGAAGGAUUUAGGACAACUGAUGCUUGAAUAUGUCAAUAGAUUGCUACUUAAAUAUGAGAAGUUCUGCAGUCAGUUGGAGUUGAAGGCUAUUCACUAUAUAGCGGAAUACGAUAUCACUGGACGUAACAGUUCCGCAACAUCCAAUGCUGUUGUCAAACGGGACUAUGUAAUGAAGAUCGAGACGACCCCCGGUGGUGCCCUCCUGGAGACCACCAUAUUGUACCGGAACGGGAAAUACUACAUCCGUGAUUACGAUGGUAUCAGCAGGCUUAACAUGUACAUUGGUCAGGCUGAUUGUAUAACUGCCUAUCCGGCUAAGAAAGUCUGUUUUUGUAAAUCUUCGAAAGAUGUUAAAUAGACCAAUCUAUCUGCCAUUGCUUUCGUGCAUUUCUACAACAGAUCGGUCACUAGCAUGGUUGUACAAUAACUCACAAUCAAAGCUGCAAUGACCAGCAGACAGAAACAAGUAUUUAACACUCACUGUCAGGGUGGUGUUAUAUAGCGGUUCGCAUUGCUAGAGCUUACGGUUUACUAGUUAAGUCCCCAAAACGUCAAACAAUGUUUGGGGACUUGCUGUUUUUACUCCGUUUCUUAUCAUUAUUCUUCCGCCAAGUUUUUUCCGACACGUUUCUCGAACACUGUAAGUCGGAUUGAAAUGAAACUUUGCGUGAACAUAGAUGGCAAUCUGAAGUUGUGCACCUCACUAUUUAUUUUUCGAUCUGACAUCCAAUAUGGCCACCAGAGCCGCUAAUUGGCUAAAAUGCAAUGGGCUAUAACUCUAUAACCGUUGGUUGCACUGAAAUAAAACUUGGUGGGAAUAAAGAUGAACAUGUGAA